UCUUCUUGCGAGUACUAUUCAACCCAAACUCUUCCUUGGGGCUUAACCCUUCCCUUGGGCUGCCAUAGAGGACCAGAAGUGGAAAUUAUAUAUAUAAAAAAAAAAAAAAAAAAAAACGAUCGCAUAGAGAGGGCAAGGCAGGAGAGGUCGACAACUUUUGGGUUAGUGUGUUCGGUCGGCAGGAGAAGGAAGGAAGCAUCGGUUGUGGUUCUAAUCAAGUCUAGUAAUUGAUCAAUACUCUUGUGUCUCAGGUAAUAAGGUAAUUAAAUUAGCGGAUCAGUUAGAAGGCCAAUAUUUAAUUACUACCAAAACGAGGUCAAGUGUCAUUCAUUUCAGCAUCGGAUAACAGCCAUGGCAAACAACACUCAACAAGUGCCUCGUGUGCUUGUGAAUAGGGUGUCAGAGCAAGCUGUUUUCCCGUGUGGUGGUAUUAUUUCAAGUGCAAAGACGAUCACAUUACCAGGUCGGAAUAGGACGUUGGUUCCCACGGACUUGAGGUUCAUUAUACCUGCAGGAGUAUGUUUACACUUUGCUAUUAUACCUGAUUUGUCGCAGCAAUCCAUUUCAGUUGAUCAAGGGUAUAUUUGUGGUCCCUGCUCAGAUGCUCUGGUUUGGGUCGAUAUGUACAAUAGGUCGGGUUCAAACUUUGAACUUAAAGCGGGCGAUCAUAUUGCAUGAUCGAGUGGAGGUCAAGGUGAAUUUAUUGCUCCUAAUUAUGAAGUUACUUCUCUUGAUUCUCGAUGCUAUGGAUUUCUCUAA